GGAAACUGAUCAUUGCAGGCAGAGCAGUGUACAGGGUUAAUUCUGCUCUCUCUCGCUCUCUCUCUUGCUCUUUCUCUCUCACCGCUCCACAGUUCCAGCGAUGCUGCUCUGACCAGACACUGCCAGAGAAAAAUAAACACAAUCCACAUACUCAUAUACUCACAUGCAGCGGAGAGGGCUGCUGCUCUUUUGUCUCCUCUUUCUUACACAGACACUCUGUCUAAUUACAAACAAUACACUUCUGCCUCGCAGUUGACAGAAGACCCGGAGGAGGAUACAGCAGGAAUGUGACUGAGGCGCUUCUUCUGAAAAACAUCUGCCUUGAGGACUCCUCCCUCAUCCUCUCUUGGUGGUUCCCUCUGGCUCUGCAGAAGUGUGUGACGCCCCGCUGUGUGUUGCUGCCCGGGGAAUGCUCAGCGGACGGGUAAACGAGGACUGAACACAAUGAGCAGCCAGGACAAAUGGGUCACACUGACCCCAGCUGAAUUUGCCCUGCUACAAGAAUACACUCAGUACUCAACCAAGAAGCUGAAGGAUGUGCUCCAGGAGUUCCAUGGAGAUGGUGUGUUAGCUAAAUACAAUCCAGAGGAGGAGAUUGACUUUGAGGGCUUCAAGGUCUUCAUGCAGACAUUCCUGGAGAGCGAACUCCCCGAAGAGUUCUGUCAACAUCUCUUCAUGACGUUUAGCAACAAGGGACCCAAACCCAGUCCCUCCUCUUCUGACAAACCCAGAGUCUCUGGGCUGAAGCUGAUCAAAGGCAACGCGACCCCUCUGAAGACGACUGCACUGCCCCAACCUCUGGACACGGUGCAGUUAAAGGACAUUGUGUGUUACCUGUCUCUGCUGGAGGGCGGGCGUCCUGAGGACAAGCUUGAGUUUAUGUUUCGCCUCUAUGACACUGAUGGAAACGGGUCUUUGGACAGCUCGGAGCUGGAGCACAUUAUCUCCCAGAUGAUGCAUGUAGCCGAGUACCUGGAAUGGGAUGUGACCGAGCUGAAACCAAUCCUCCAAGAUAUGAUGCGGGAGAUCGACUACGAUCACGAUGGCACAGUGUCACUGGGGGAGUGGAUCCAGGGAGGCAUGACCACCAUCCCACUGCUGGUCUUGCUGGGCCUGGAGACGAAUGUGAAAGAUGACGGGCAACACGUGUGGAGACUGAAGCACUUCAACAAGCCGGCCUACUGUAACCUGUGUCUCAACAUGCUAAUUGGACUAGGGAAGCAGGGACUGUGCUGCUCAUUUUGUAAGUACACAGUCCACGAGCGCUGUGUGGCUCGGGCUCCGCCGUCUUGCAUCAAAACCUAUGUCAAGUCCAAGAAAAACACAGAGGUAAUGCAUCAUUUCUGGGUGGAAGGGAACUGCCCCACCAAGUGUGACAAGUGUCACAAAACCGUUAAGUGUUACCAGGGCCUGACUGGGCUCCACUGUGUGUGGUGUCAAAUCACGCUCCAUAACAAGUGUGCCUCCCAUUUGAAACCUGAGUGUGACUGUGGACCCCUGAAGGAUCACAUCCUGCCCCCAAACUCAAUCUGCCCCGUCGUCCUGGAAAGGCAAUCAACGCUCAGGAAAGACUCCCGGUCCAGCCAGUCGAGCCGGGGGAAAAUGCAGCGAGCCAACUCGGUCACAGUGGAUGGCCAAGGACUGCAGAUCACAACAAUAGAGGGCACUCAUCCUCUGUUAGUGUUUGUCAAUCCGAAGAGCGGGGGGAAGCAAGGAGAGAGGAUUUACAGAAAGUUCCAGUACCUUCUGAACCCGAGACAAGUGUACAACCUGGCCAAGAAUGGACCCAUGCCAGGGCUGAACUUCUUCAGAGAUGUUCCAGAUUUCAGAGUGCUGGCCUGCGGAGGGGACGGCACUGUGGGCUGGAUCCUGGACUUCAUAGAUAAGGCCAACCUGGACAGGAACCCCCCCGUGUGUAUACUUCCUCUUGGCACGGGCAACGACCUGGCAAGAUGUCUGCGAUGGGGAGGAGGCUAUGAGGGCGAGAGCUUACUGAAGAUCAUGCGCGACAUCGAGAACAGUUCGGAGGUGAUGCUGGAUCGCUGGAAGUUUGAAGUCACAGCCACAGACAAGGAGGAGCGAGGGGACCCAGUGCCUUACAAUAUUGUCAACAACUACUUUUCCAUUGGAGUGGAUGCUUCCAUUGCCCAUCGUUUCCAUGUUAUGAGAGAGAAGCAUCCGGAGAAGUUCAACAGCAGAACAAAGAAUAAGCUGUGGUACUUUGAGUUCGGCACUUCGGAGACCUUUUCGGCCACAUGUAAGAAGCUCCACGACUUUCUGGAGGUUGAGUGUGAUGGUGUCACUCUGGACCUCAGCAGCAUCUCCUUGGAAGGCAUUGCCAUUCUCAACAUUCCCAGCAUGCAUGGCGGCUCCAACCUUUGGGGCGAGAGCAAAAAGAGGAAGGGUUACCGCAAGGGGGGCAAAAAGAGCCAACACAAGAGGACACCAGUGCUCGACCCCAAGGAGCUUAUGUUUGCUGUUCAAGACCUGUCCGACCAGCUGCUGGAGGUAGUGGGGCUAGAAGGAGCCAUGGAGAUGGGUCAGAUCUACACCGGCCUGAAGAGCGCUGGGAGACGCCUGGCACAGUGCUCCUCCGUUACCAUCAGAACCAGUAAAUCCCUCCCCAUGCAGAUUGAUGGGGAACCUUGGAUGCAGACUCCCUGCACUAUUGAGAUCGUCCACAAGAACCAGGCUCCCAUGUUGAUGGGAGCGCCACAAUGCCGAAGUUUUUUCUCCUCCGUCAUGAGACGAACACGCAGCGAGAGCAAAGACUGAUCGGUCCAAGGCCUUUCGAGUCCUCACAAGCACCUGGAGAGCAACACGCCACAAGUUGAUCAUCACAGCCCGUUGAUGAAGGGGGGCGGUGUUUGAUGCCUGUUUGACAGCCCAGCGCAAAGUAGCAAACUGUAGGUUCAGUAUGUCGCUUGCAGCAUGGAGACGUCACUGAGUAGCCCUCAUUUAAUGCCGAAUAAGGUGUGUUAAGGCAUGACGCUUCAGUAGACAGUGUGUAGAGUAGUUUAGCUCCAAAAAUACUGAGGCUAUUUUGGGAAGUCAAAUUUGAUAAGUCUGUUUUUAUUUUUGCUGUUGUGAUCUGUGCCAUGUGGGGGGGGGGGGGGGGGGGGGGGGGGGGGGGACGCAGAUGAAUGUGUUUUUGGGGAUAUGAUGUAUUUGUGUAUUCAUAUUUUGCUGCUAUUGAUGUUUUUUAACAUAUUUUUGCAUUUGCCUACUCCCUGAUGCAUGAUGGACAGUGAAAAUGGUUGCUGCUGUUGAAGCUGACAUAUCUGGAGCUUGCAGACGAUCUUAGCCAAGCGUUUAGUAAGAAGUGAAGUUUCUUUGCUCAGCAUUUCUUCAGCGCUUCACUCAUGAAUGGCUUCACGUUGUGAAAAGACAAAGAAUCACGUUUGCUUUCUCUUAAUGGUUCCUGCAAGUCAUCCUUGUCAUGUUUUUGAUCUGCUGAAUUGCUGUACCGUCAGUGGAAAGAUUAGGAAUGAUUAUUGAUCUUCAUAAAAAAAUGCAUGACACUCUUUGUAUUAUGCCACACAAGAGAUUUCCUGACUGUUUCAACAAUUGUGUGCACACUUUGUGUUGCAUGAGUGACCAAGAUCUGUUUUGAUACUUGUGGAGUUGAUCUAAAGUGCUGCUCGGUUUAACCAUAUCAUAAUUAAUAAGAUGGCUGCAUUUUUAUGAGAUCCUGUAUUUUUUUUAACAGGUACUCAUGUACUUUUAAAGU